AUGCCCGAGAUCGCAGAAGUUGCGCGCAUUGUCAGCUUCCUGAGGAAACAUGCUGUUGGCAAAACCAUCGAGAAUGUCAAGGCACAGGAAGAUAACAUCGUCUUUGGAAAGGUCGGCACUUCAGCAUCCGCCUUCCAGGAAGCCAUGAGCGGAAAGAAGAUAUUAGACGCGCGACAACAAGGCAAAUACUUUUGGCUAGUCAUGGACUCACCGCCGCAUCCUCUAAUGCAUUUUGGAAUGGCAGGCUGGAUGGUUCGUGGCCUCCAUCUACGAACUGCCAACGACGAAACAGCAUACUAUCGUCCAACCAAGCCCGGAGAAGCAGAGUGGCCGCCCAAGUACUGGAAGUUCAUCUUGCAGUUGAAAGAUUCCAAGAACGAAGUCGCGUUGGUAGAUGCGAGGCGGCUUGCUCGUGUUAGAUUGGUAGAUGCUGCUGCCGAGGACAUGAGAAAAACUUCACCAUUGAAAGAAAAUGGACCGGAUCCUGUGAUCGACAAGGACAUUUUAACAGUCGAUUGGCUUAGUAAGAAGCUGCGGAGCAAGAAGGUGCCUGUGAAAGCAUUGCUCCUUGACCAAGCGAAUGUGUCGGGUAUAGGCAACUGGGUUGGUGACGAGGUUAUGUAUCAGGCUCGUUUGCAUCCAGAACAAUACAGCAACACCUUCAGCGAUGAGCAGAUCAAGCGGCUGCACGAUGCCAUUAUGUACGUUUGCGAUACUGCUGUAGCAGCCAACGGAGACUCGGAUGCCUUUCCCAAAGACUGGUUGAUGAAGCAUCGAUGGGGCAAAGGCAAAAAGGAAGCAAGCAAGCUCCCUACCGGUGAGAAGAUCACAUUCCUCAAGGUUGGUGGGCGAACUUCGGCCAUCGUACCAAGUCUCCAGAAGAAGACAGCAGCCGUUGCUGGCGAUGUGUCGGAAGGUGCAGAACAAGAGGAUGCAGAAGAGGAUACAAAGCCUAAGAAGGGCGGAAAAAGGAAGGCCAAGACCGUCAAAGAAAAAGACGACGAAGUUGAGGAGGAGGCGCCGGCCAAGUCAAAGCGAGGACGUAAGAACGUGAAGGAGGAAGUUAAAGAGGAGACUGUCAAUGCUGUUGAAGAGAAGCUACCAGCAAGGCCGAAGCGUGGCAGCAGGAAGGCGAAAGAAGACGUUGAGGCGGUUGAGGGGAAGGCUGAGGAGGAGGUCGAGGAAGAAGCAGCUGACGAAGCUGAAGAGACGCAGCCUGUCAAGAAACGCAAGAUUGCUUCGAACGGCGCCGCAAAGAAGACCAAGGUUGCUGCUACAGAGGUGGCCAAAGGCGACGCUACGACUGAAAAACGGCGAUCAGGACGUCUGUCGAAGUAA